GGCUUUGGACGUUCAGUGUUGUGAAUGUGUACAAGCAACAGAUGACUUGAUAGAGAUGGGUAAUAAGCAGACCAUAUUUACCGACGAGCAACUGGAUGCCUACCAGGAUUGCACGUUUUUUACUCGCAAAGAAAUCCUGAGGUUGCACGGCAGAUACCAUGAGUUGGCUCCUCAUCUUGUACCGAUGGACUACACCAAAGAACCUGAUUGUAAAGUGCCUUUAGCCUUGAUAGUCAACAUGCCAGAGUUAAAGGAAAACCCAUUCCGCAACAGGAUAGUAGAGUCUUUCUCAGAGGAUGGGAUGGGGAAUCUCAGCUUCAAUGAAUUUGUGGAUAUGUUCUCAGUCCUCAGUGAAACAGCUCCUAGGGAACUGAAGGCCAUAUAUGCCUUCAAAAUAUACGAUUUCAAUGUGGAUAACUACCUGUGCAAAGAGGACCUGGAAAAGACUCUGAAUAGGCUGACAAAGGAGGAGUUGACUCCUGAGGAGGUGGUGCUGGUGUGUGAGAAAACCAUCGAGGAGGCUGAUUUGGAUGGAGACAACAAACUCUCCUUUGCUGAUUUUGAAAAUAUGAUAUUGAGGGCUCCUGACUUUUUAAGUACUUUCCAUAUAAGAAUCUGAGAGGGCUUCGUGGUUGGCAGCCUGGUGGACCUCAGCACAGUGACUGUCUCCCACUCCCACCGUCCAAAAAACCCAUACAUCAUACAUCAGUUGUCUUCAGCUUCUUCUCCAGCUGUCCUCACCUCAGUGAAGUCUGCUCAGUAAGAGAGUAAACUACUGGAUGAAGCUGAAAUCUCAGGUUCCUCGAAUUCUUUACAGUUGAUGAACAAAUGUAUUUUCAUGAAACGGAUAUUUCACAUUUUCAUCACCACCUGGAAAAGGGCUUAACCUGGAUUGGUCUCUUGUUGGGAGAAAAGGCUGUUCAUUCCACAUUUUAAGCCUGAGGUGAACCUGACUGUGGAUUGCUGCUUUUCGAGCGCAUCUAAGAAUGCAUAAAAAGUUGAUCUACCUGUAUUGCACAUGUGAUACCCCCAGUGAUGUCUUCCUAUAAUGACACACUAGAUAUUUAGUAUUUAUAAGGCAAAGGACAAAACCUGAAGUGAAUGAAUGCACAGCGAUGAAGUUAAGGGCAUACAGAUAUUCUUCUCUAUGAGCUAUGCAAUAUUUGUACAUGCAUAGGACACUUGUGGUUCUUUUGCAGUGUAUUGCUUUAAGUAAUUUGAGGUGGUGUCUUUGCUUGUGGAACUGGAACAUGAUGACAAUCACAUCUUAUUGUUCUCCACUUAAAUGAAGGGCUCUGUCAUCUGAACUCAUUUUGGUAGCUUUCAUCUUCUGC